AUGGGUAAGCAAGCAAUUGGGGCAAUAGCGUACAACCAAUUCCUACGAAUAGACACUCUCCUCUACCUUAUGGUCUACCCACAACAGCCCAUGGUCAAGACAAGAACCAUCGAACUAAUCCAAUACGACAAACUCCCAGCCGGCCAAAGUGCCAUAGUAGCUGUAAUGAGUUACUCAGGCUACGAUAUCGAAGAUGCCUUGGUGCUGAACAAGGCCUCACUAGAUCGCGGCUUCGGCCGCUGCCAGGUGUUCCGGAAGUACUCGACCACCCUGCGCAAAUACCAGAACGGAGCCGCCGAUCGAAUCGGGGACAUAAAGCGAGAGCUUAGCAAGGACCCCGAAAAUCCAGAUGAGCUGGUUCCUAUCCGGAAGCACGCGGCCCUGCAAGCCGAUGGCCUCGCCGCUGUCGGUGAGAAGAUCUCCGCAGGAGAGGUGUAUUACAAAGAUGCGCCCAUGACAUAUAAGCUCCACGACCACGCUUACAUCGAUAAAGUCCUCGUGUCAACCUCAGAAUCCGAGCAGACGCUGAUUAAAGUGCUAACCCGCCAGACUCGACGACCAGAACUCGGGGAUAAAUUCUCCUCACGCCACGGGCAGAAGGGCGUUUGCGGGAUCAUUGCGCGGCAGGAGGACAUGCCGUUCAGUGACACAGGAAUCAUCCCGGACAUCAUCAUGAACCCCCACGGUUUCCCCUCCCGCAUGACGGUGGGAAAAAUGAUUGAGUUGCUGGCCGGUAAAGCAGGUGUAUUGGCCGGGAAACUGCAGUACGGGACGGCAUUCGGCGGGAGUAAAGUCGAUGACAUGGCCAAGAUAUUGGUAGAUAACGGAUUCAGUUACUCCGGGAAGGACUUUGUCACUUCUGGUAUAACCGGCGAAUCCCUUGAAGCAUACAUAUUCUUCGGUCCAAUCUACUACCAAAAGCUAAAACACAUGGUUCAAGAUAAAAUGCAUAGUAGAGCCCGUGGACCCCGCGCUAUCCUAACCCGCCAACCAACCGAAGGCCGUUCUCGUGACGGUGGCCUCCGUCUCGGUGAAAUGGAGCGCGACUGCCUGAUAGCUUACGGUGCUUCCCAACUCCUCCUCGAAAGACUAAUGCUCUCCUCUGACGUUCAUGAAAUCGACCUCUGCGAGGUGUGCGGCCUCAUGGGCCACUCGAAUUGGUGCACAACAUGUCAGAGCUCCAAGGGCGUUGUAAAGAUGAAGAUACCGUAUGCCGCUAAAUUGCUUAUCCAGGAGCUGCUCAGCAUGAACGUGCUCGCUAGGAUUAGAUUGGAGGAUGUAUUCCCUUAUGGGGAGGGGAAGUAG